CCGGCUUGCGGAAGAUGGCGGCGCCCAGAGCCGUAGCGUGAAAUUUGGCGGUGGUAGUCGCAGGCCAUUCGUGCUGGAAUCACAACAGUGGGACCGUGCGCCAUGUCGCGACUGAUCGUGAAGAACCUCCCAGAUGGGAUGAAGGAGGAGCGUUUCCGGCAGCUGUUCACCGCCUUCGGCACACUGACAGACUGCAGCCUCAAGUUCACCAAAGGCGGCAAGUUCCGCAGGUUCGGCUUCAUCGGCUUCAAGUCCGAGGAGGAGGCCCAAACAGCGCUGAACCAUUUCAACAAGAGUUUUAUCGACAUGUCCCGGAUCACGGUAGAGUUCUGCAAGUCGUUUGGGGACCCGACAAAGCCCCGAGCCUGGAGCAAGCAUGCCCAGAAAACAAGCCAGUCCAAGCCCCCUCCGAAAGACAAAGACUCCAUCUCCCCAGAAACUAAGAAGGGUGACAAGAAGAAAAAGGUAGCAGGUGAACUGGAGAAGCUAAGGGAAGAUAACGAGUUCCAGGAGUUCCUGUCGGUUCACCAGAAGCGGACGCAGGUGGCCACCUGGGCGAAUGAUGCCCUGGACGUUGAGCCCUCGAAAGGGAAGAACAACUUGGCCGAAGACUACCUGAACUUCGACUCCGACUCAGGGCAGGAGAGUGAGGAGGAGGGAGCCGGAGAGGCCCCGGAAGAGGAAGACAGCAGCCUCGAACCCAAGGCAGCCACACGGAAGGAGCUGUCGGACAUGGAUUACCUGAAAUCCAAGGUGGUGGAGGCCGAGUCGCCAUCCUCAGAGGAGAGUGAAGAUGAAGCCGUGAACUGCGAGGAAGGGAGCGAGGCCGAGGAAGAGGGUUCCUGCACCCCCGCCGCCCAGCAGGACAGGGAGGCGGCCCGAGCCGAGACCGAGACACCAGCCAACCAGAAGGAACGCACCACCACCCACACCGUGAAGCUGCGGGGAGCCCCGUUCAAUGUCACAGAGAAAAAUGUCAUGGAAUUCCUGGCACCCCUGAAACCGGUGGCCAUUCGAAUAGUGAGAAAUGCCCAUGGAAACAAAACAGGGUACGUCUUUGUGGAUUUCAGCAGUGAAGAGGAAGUGAGGAAAGCUCUGAAAUGCAACAGGGAAUACAUGGGUGGACGCUACAUCGAGGUGUUUAGGGAAAAGAACGUCCCCGCAGCCAAGGUGCCCCCAGAGAAUAGCGCCAAACCCUGGCAAGGCCGGACACUCGGGGAGCAUGAAGAGGAAGAGGACCUGGCCGACUCUGGGAGGCUCUUUGUGCGAAACCUGCCCUACACCAGCUCUGAGGAAGACCUGGAGAAGCUCUUCUCCAAAUACGGUCCCCUGUCUGAGCUGCAUUACCCCAUCGACAGCCUGACCAAGAAGCCCAAGGGCUUUGCCUUCAUCACCUUCAUGUUCCCGGAGCACGCCGUGAAGGCCUACGCGGAGGUGGAUGGGCAGGUGUUCCAGGGCAGGAUGCUCCACGUGUUACCAUCCACCAUCAAGAAGGAGGCCAGCGAGGACGCAGACGCCCCAGGAUCAUCGUCUUACAAGAAGAAGAAAGAGUCAAAAGACAAAGCCAACAGCUCCAGCUCUCACAACUGGAACGCGCUGUUCAUGGGCCCGAAUGCAGUGGCCGACGCCAUCGCCCAGAAGUACAGCGCCACCAAGAGCCAAGUGUUUGACCAUGAGACCAAGGGCAGCGUGGCCGUGCGCGUGGCCCUGGGAGAGACCCAGCUCGUCCAAGAGGUGCGGCGCUUCCUCCUCGACAAUGGGGUCAGUCUGGACUCCUUCAGCCAGGCCGCCGCUGAGCGAAGCAAGACCGUGAUCCUGGUGAAGAACCUCCCGGCCGGCACCCUGGCGGCCGAGCUGCAGGAGACCUUUGGCCGCUUCGGCAGCCUGGGUCGCGUGCUGCUGCCAGAGGGCGGCAUCACGGCCAUCGUGGAGUUCCUGGAGCCGCUGGAGGCCCGCAAGGCCUUCCGACACCUGGCCUACUCCAAGUUCCACCACGUCCCCCUGUAUCUGGAGUGGGCUCCGGUGGGCAUCUUUUCCAGCCCAGCCCCACACAAGAAAGAACUCCAAGAUGCACCAGCAGAGCCGGCCGGAAAGGACAGGAUGGAGCCAGAAACAGGGGGGGCCCAUGCAGACGGCGAGACCCCAGAAGGUGAAAAGCUGACAGAGGGAGCAGCACACGACACUUCAGCAGAGGUGGAGGAGGAAGAGAAUGAGGAGAGCCUUCCCGGGUGCACGCUGUUUAUCAAAAAUCUCCACUUCGACACGACCGAGGAGACGCUGAAGGGGGUGUUUUCCAAAGUGGGUGUGGUGAAGAGCUGCUCCAUUUCCAAGAAGAAGAACAAAGCAGGCGCGCUGCUGUCCAUGGGGUUUGGAUUCGUGGAAUACAGGAAACCGGAGCAGGCCCAGAAAGCUCUCAAACAGCUCCAGGGUCACGUCGUGGACGGCCACAAGCUGGAAGUCAGGAUCUCAGAACGAGCCACCAAGCCAGCCCUGACGUCCGCUCGGAGGAAACAGGAGCCCAGAAAGCAGACAACCUCCAAGAUCCUGGUGCGGAACAUCCCCUUCCAGGCUGACAGCCGUGAGAUCCGCGAGCUCUUCAGCACCUUCGGGGAGCUGAAGACAGUCCGCUUGCCGAAGAAGAUGACGGGGAUGGGCUCGCACAGAGGGUUCGGCUUCGUCGACUUCCUCACCAAGCAGGACGCGAAGCGGGCCUUCAACGCCCUGUGUCACAGCACCCACCUGUAUGGCCGGAGGCUGGUGCUGGAGUGGGCCGACUCCGAGGUGAGCCUGCAGGCCCUGCGGCGGAAGACGGCCGAGCACUUCCACGAACCCCCGAAGAAAAAGCGGUCUGUGGUGUUGGACGAGAUCCUGGAGCAGCUGGAAGACAGUGAGGACGGCGGUGACGAGCAGACCCUUCAGCCGUGAGCUGGCGCCGAGGGGCUGCUAAGCUGGAGUUCCUGCCUCCGUCUCUCCAAGGGACUGCUCACAGCCUGGGACGUGGCCUCUGUCCUGCCCCUUCCUCGCCACUUGGGACCACAGGCCCUGGUUCAGUCACAAGAGCGUCUUCCGUCCGUGCUGACCAUGGGGCCACUCACGAAGCACUAAGCUCCAAACCCAGACACCGGCUCAUUGGUUGAGCCCGGCUGUGUCGCUAACGGCAGACGCCCUCUACUCACAGGCUGGGGACGCCGUGAAAUGCAAACAGGUCCCCAGCCCUGGCAAGCAGCGUCCCAAGUCUCAUCCCAGACCUGGGGUGCCCACACCUACUCCCGCCUGGAGAUUCACACCCAGCACACACCAGGAGGGGGAUGGUAGAGAGGAAAGAGCUAGAACCCGUCUGCCCUGGGUCUGAACCCCAGCUGUGUGACUUUGGACCGGCGAGGUCCCCUCUGACCCUCAGCUUCUCUUUCUAUAAAAUGGGGGUGAUCUUGUACCUACCUCAGAGAUGGUGCUCGGACCACAUCAGCCAGUCCAAGUAAAGCCCAGAGCAAGCACUCGUUUUUGUUUCCUUCUUCAUUUGGGGCAGCUGGGCCCCGAGUGAGAGCCCAGGGAUCUUCUGACUUGCUGUGUAAAAUUUGGUCUGUGUAUUUUUCUGGGAGGAGGUUUCAGUCCACACCAAGCAGUUUUCGGAGUGGCCUGGAAUCCAAGCAAGACCACACAGCGCGGACAGUCCUGCAAGGCUGAGCGUGUCCCCAGCUCCCUGGGGGGCAGGUGCUUCCUAAUCCAUCCUAGGUUAUCCCUGGGACACAAUGGAAGCAAAAGACACAGACCCGGAGUGGCUCAUAUCCCAGCUUUUAUAGUGAGGUGUCUCCCCGACAUCAGACCAUAGAGCCUGCGUGGGGUCCCUCGGGUGACCAGGCUCCCAAGUUUCCGUGGGUCCCAGGGAUGACAGGGCUGGGGUCCACCCCCUCCCUCCCCACUGCUUGUCCCGUUAAGGACCACGUGGAUUCUUUUGGUUAAAGAAGAUUGCAGACCCGUGGGCCUGGCACGGGAGGAGGUGACAUUGGCACCGGCUUCACUGAAGGUACUAGAAUGUCCCCAGAUCGGAAUUCACCACCUCCUGCUGUUGCCAUGCCAGCUCGGGCUCUGCAUUCAGACCGUUCUGGGUUCCUGGUAACAUCCACCACUCGCCAGCCUUGUGAGUGGGGGCCAGUGACUUAACCUUCGAUUCCUCAGUCUUCUCAUCUUUAAAAUGGGAUGGUGCUAACAGCACCUCCAUAUACCGGGGGUAUUGUGAGGCCCAGAGAGCUUCAGGCACCUGCAGGAGGUGAAUCUGACCCCAGGGCCUCGGGUCUUUCUUGACCUUCAUGCUUUACUAUCUUCCCUGCGUCCAGAAGAAAAAGCAAGCAAGCCCCGGGCCCGAGCCCAGAGAAAGCUCAGGACCAGCAGGGGAGCGAGGGGGCCCCCCCGCGAAGCCGAUGGCCUGAGGGCGCAGCAGGCGGGAAAGCCACCAGCCGUUCAGCCAGCUGCACGCAGGGAGACUGGCCCCUUCCCUCCUGCCUGCCCGUCCCAGCCUGGCGUCUGUACCCCCAACCCUGGGGGCUUACUGUCUGGGGGGGAAGGGCUCCCCCAUAAGCAAAUGGAAGCAGUCACUUCAACUCCCCUAGAGAUCUCGGGG